AUGGUGUGUGCACGCCUUAUUGAUUGUCCAGACUCACCGGAAGAGGAAGAAAUGGGGCCGAUUCCGGAUAUGUUGUUUGCAGGCGGCGAGGAACCAGUCGGUGUUCGUGUGUUGACAUAUCAAUCAUCUAGUGCUUUGAAAAGAAUUUUUAAUGCGUUAGAGGAAGAAGAGGUUGAUAUUAUUAGGCGAUCUUCUUUUGGAAAAUUGAUAGAGAUUGCAGAGAAACCAGUUUUUUCUGGUAGAUUUGCUCGAUAUAUGCUAUCGAGGCAACUGAAAACGAAGAAGAAACAUGAAGUCUGGUUCCGAUGUGCUGGGAAACCUGUUAGGUUUUCUCUAAGAGAGUUUGCGAUUGUAACCGGAUUACCAUGCGGUAAAUUUCCGAAGAAGUCGAAAAUGAAGCUUAAGAAAACCAUUUCCGAAAGGCCGUAUUGGCCAUCUUUAUUUGGAAAAGUCGAGGUCGGGACAGUCUCAUCUAUCAUGAAGAUGCUCUAUCGGAAAACAGUCAAGGACAGGGAAAUCCGGAUCAAAUAUGCUUGCCUGGCACUUCUUGAGUCUGUGCUCCACCCAACUAGUCUUAACAUGAAGAUAUCCACAGAGCAUGCUGAAGCAAUUGGAGAUCUUGAAGAAUUUUUUUCUUAUCCUUGGGAGAGACUAUCAUUCGAUAUGCUGAUGUGUAGUAUCAAAGAGAGAGAUGAGGUAGGUUUGUCCCAAAAUACAAUUGCUGUUAAGGGAUUUGUGUUAGAUCUCCAGCUUGUUAUGCUCGAAGAUGUGCCUUCGUUGACAGAGGGGGUGCAAGAGAUUGGUUCCUCUUCUGAGUCAGAUAGCGACGAAAUAGAAGGAAACGGGCGUGAUAUAUUUACUAAGAAACAAAACCUUAACCCCGCCCACGCCCGAAAUGUAGACAAGAGAGGCAAUGUGUAUGUUUGUAGCAUCCUAUGUGAGGACUCUACCCGUCCGAUUGAUGAAGGUAGCUGCGAGUGGUCCGACGAAGAGGAAGAUUCCAAAGUUGACAACCUCGUUGCGCUUAUCAACGCAAACCAUGAGUUCCAAACUUCUCAAUUUCGUGGAGAAGUUAGGAAGAGUGAUGUCGAUCGUAUGCGACAAAGGAGUAAAUUAACUUCUAAGGGAAGGAAAUCAUCAAAUGUCCAGUCCAAUUGUGAAAGGAUUGAUCCGGGUAAUGUUGCUGCCCUUGUGAUAGAGAAAAUAACACCUCAGUUAGCUAUCAUGGAUAAGAACAUUAAUUCGGCAUGUGCAAUGGUUGAUGCAAUUGAGGGCAAAGUUGUCGUACACGUUGAUGAUUUGUUUGUUAAGUUGAAGGAAGAAAUGAUUAAAUGUGUUAAGGAUAUGGUUUCCGCUAUGGUGAAAGAUGUAUUCGAAGCGCAGAAUGGCCCAUCAAAUAUUCCAUCAGCUGCUCCGCCCGAAGCAGCAGCUCUUUCUACUCAUUCAACUCCUGCACGUGAUCUUAAUGCAAAUACAAUCGAAAACGUUCUAAGAAACUUAAGUGACUACUCUACGCCUCCACGAUCGAAACAUAUGACGCAGGUGAAUUUGCCAUCAACGAACAAAGAUGAUGUGGCAACCGGGUUUGUAUGUGUUACUCCAGAACCAGAGACCUGUGCACAAUCAGCUAAUAGCGAGAAUCGGACACGGCAAAUUUCGUUACAGCAACGUUUGGAGGCACAUAAGAGGCAAGAACACAACAUAACGGACGAACCGUCGUUCUCCCUGGGUUUAACUCAGGAAGAGAUGAAUCAGGGGCAGCUAAAUAUGGUGCCUGCAGAGGUUCCUCUACGUAAGACAACUUCUGAGAUGAACGUUGAUGACAAUAUAGCGGAAGGACAAGUUUCACGGAAAAGUAAGAGGCAGAGGACGGUUCCAUCCACACUUGUUGAUGAUUACCAAUGUGGACGUCAUAUAAUGACGCGGGUUAGGGAAUCUCAGAAGUUUGUAUUUCCAUUGGAUAGUAUAUCUGAGAUGGAAAGGAAGUAUGUGCAGUUGUCUACCAAACUGAACGACAAGUUCACGGUGAACGUUGCUGGACUUUUUGCUAGUGGAAAAGACAUUCGUCUUAUUCUAGAGAGGUCACGGUUUAUGUCAGCAAAGGUUAUAGAUAUUCUAAUCCGAGUUGUACGUCGGUCGACCCUUCUACACCUUUCUGAAGAAGGUCGAUCUUCUGUUGCAUUACUUGAUACCAAGUUUGUAGCUGCAAUAAACAAGACUUAUCCAAAGUUUGUAAAGAGUAGAAACAAAGAGGGUUACAUGUUUCCAAAAGGAUUGCGGGAUAUUUUUCCUUCGGCUAAUGACGCAGCGGUGCAUCCGACAAGGUAUUACUUUCCAUGCAAUCUUGGGAACAAACAUUGGGUUGGCAUAUGUUUUGAUGCUGGAAUUGGGGUUAUCACUGUUCUCGAUUGCAAUAUAUCACUGUAUAAGGAGAGGUCGUUGGAGACGGAUUUAAAACCCAUCGUGCAGAUGUUACCUUAUCUCGCUAGAUUUGCCUGUCAACCUAUAGGAGAUGACAAUGUUAUUCAGUGUUACGAUGUUGCUAGGCCAAAGUUUGUCUCACAAAAUAAAAAUCCAUCGGAUUCUGGAUUGAUGGUUGUGCUUUUAAUGGCCAACCACGCUGUGUAUGGUACUGAAGCGUGUAAAAAUAUCAGCCAUGAACGUCUUGAAGCAGAAGGGAGGCGUGCAGCGAUAUGGGUGUACGAGUUCAAGGACGAGCUUUAG